AUGAAGUCAUUCGCUAAAAUUUCUUACCUUGCCAAUUUCCUUGGCGCUUUCGCAUUCGUAGUGAAAGCAGACACAUGCGACACCGGCGCCCUCAACACCACCGUUGGAACAUACUACAUCUCUCAGGCCAACACGACUAUCUUCGAUGUCGCCGCUGCAACUAAUCGUGGCGUCUGCGAUAUUGGACGUGUCAACUGCAUGGCUGACGUCACUAUUGUGCCCAACGUCGGACAAAGCAUCGUGAUUCCUGCGGAGGUCUGUGAGCCUGACAACUCUACUUGUCUCCUGCCCACCACGCCGGGAACGAACACAUGCAUCAAUGGCGGCCCACGUCUAUAUUAUACCGUCAAUGGGGACACAUACUCGCGCAUCGCCCAACGACUGAACCUCACUGUUGACUCGCUUCUGUCGGGAGAUGCUUCCGCUACCGAUGCUUUACCUGUUGGUCAAUUUGUCAAGAUCCCGCUCUGCGAGCCCAGUCAAUGCAUCAUACAGCCUUACACAUUCACCUACGGCGUGUACAAAGACCUUGCAGAGGAAUACGGUAGCACGGUUGGACAAAUCAUGAUGUUGAGUCCUACCUACAACUAUAGCGAGUACACCCUGAAUGGCAACAACGCUCCGACUAUAAACUUGCCGAUCAACUGCACAGCCCUCUCGUCAAACGUGACUGUCAUUUCAUGA